UUAAUAUUUUCAAUAUGCAUAUAUUGUAAGUCACAUAAUUAUGCAUUUAAAAGUUUUUUUUAUGAAUACCGACUUAUGAAUAUCAAUUAGUACAUCCAGUUGAUACCGCAUUAAAGAAUGGCGCUCUAAUCGGUCAUUCGUGCACCGCUCGUGUGGAAUCCAUUUUUCCUUAUCCACGCAUGAACGCCGUACGAAGGAGAAAAGUGAUAAAUUCGAACUAAAAAGACACCAAUCGUUACUUGCAGGUAGUGCAUAUACAAAAUGGGAUCACAAUUUUUCAAUCGAUUAGGUCAGUUUGGAUUAGGACUAAGUCUUGUUGGAACUGCUGUUAGUACUGCCCUGUAUAAUGUCGAUGGAGGACAUAGAGCUGUCAUCUUUGACAGAUUUGUCGGUAUUAAAAGUCUAGUAGUAGGAGAAGGAACACAUUUUCUCAUUCCUUGGGUACAAAAACCUAUUAUCUUUGAUAUACGUUCAAGACCAAGAAAUGUUCCUGUUGUUACCGGUAGCAAGGAUUUACAGAAUGUGAACAUCACACUUCGUAUUCUCUUUAGACCAGUACCCGAUUCAUUACCUAAGAUAUACAAUGUUUUGGGUGUUGACUAUGAUGAGAGAGUAUUACCAUCUAUUACAACUGAAGUAUUGAAAGCUGUCGUUGCACAAUUUGAUGCUGGAGAAUUGAUUACUCAACGUGAAUUAGUAUCUCAAAAAGUUAGCGAAGAUCUAACGGAAAGAGCUUCUCAAUUUGGUCUUAUUUUAGAUGAUAUAUCUAUUACACAUUUAACUUUUGGAAAAGAAUUUACUCAUGCUGUAGAAUUGAAGCAAGUUGCACAACAGGAUGCAGAAAAGGCUCGUUUCUUAGUAGAAAAAGCUGAACAACAAAAGAAAGCUGCUAUUAUUACAGCAGAGGGUGAUGCUCAAGCUGCUAGUUUAAUAGCAGAAUCUCUUGGCAGUGCUGGUGAUGGUCUUGUUGAACUUAGAAGAAUCGAAGCUGCUGAAGACAUUGCAUUUAAUUUAGCAAACUCACGACAAAUAACAUAUUUACCUUCUGGUCAAAAUGUAUUGCUCAACUUACCUCAGUAAAUAAUAAAGGUGAAUUGAUCAGUAUACAUACAUUUAUAAGCAUACAUAUAUAAUAUAUAUAUAUAUAUAUAUAUAUAUAUAUACAUAUGUAUGAAUAAGUUGAGCAUUUACAUCGUGAAGGAAUGCAUUUGAGUGCUGAUAGCAUAUUCAAUGUGGCAAAUAAUUCCCUGAAAGUGUUGCAUAGCAGAUAUAUAUAUAUAUAUAUA